AGGGAGAAGAGCGUUUUAGUUGUUUCAUUUGACACUCAGGGAGGGUCCCCCAGGAGCCUGGGGUGGGGAAGGGCAGGCCCUAACAUCUCCUCCUUCACCUUGAUAAAAUCCAGCAGCUUUCGAACUUGGAAGAAGUUGCUCCUCUUUGUCUUGGGGGUAUUGUUGUGUGGGUUUUCAGGGUUAUGGUGAGCUUUGAGGAGUACCCAGAGUAGCCACUCCAGUAGGGUGGGAAGGACAAAAGCUUGGGGACAGGGCUGCCAAAGGAAAGUUUGGAAGACAGAGCUUUGAAGAGGAUCCUUUAAGGAGCUAAAGGCACCGAAGAACUGGGAAAAUGGACCCGGGCGACAUAUGAGCAAGCUCUCGUGCCUCAAAUGUGCUUGGUAUUUCUACCCCUAUGGACUACAGACCUUACCCCCUGCUGUGCUCUCCUGGUGGGCAGCCAAGGGCAGCGGCAGGACAGAGGACCGUUGGGAAUCAGGACAGUCCCCCUCAUAUUUCCAGGAGCUGGAAAGCGGGGUGGUGCACAAGACAUCUGAGUGGCACAGUUCUUCCCAAGAAGGCUUUGUGGAAACAAGGCCAAAGCAGAUGGGUUCCCUAGAGGCCCAGCUGGUUGGCCUGAGGCAGGAGCUAGUGGCCUUGAGCCAGAGCCAGGCUGAGGUGGAGAAAGAAUCACACCUUGGGCCAGAGAAGAUGGUGGCCCUGCGCAAUGAGGUCCUUCAUUUGAAGCUAGGGGAGGUGCAGGCCCAGCUUCGUGACCUAGAGCACCGAAUCCUGAGGUAUGUGACAGAGGAGCAGGAUAAGUGUGCGGGCAAAGCUGCUGCCAUCUUGAGGCUGAGCCUUGUGAAGGAAGGAGUGACCAGCGGGGUGACAAAGGAGGAAGUACACCAGAUCGUAGAGCAGGCACUGAAAAAGUACAGUGCAGAUCGCAUCGGGCUGGUGGAUUAUGCCCUGGAAUCUUCAGGGGCCAGCAUCGUCAGCCGCCGCUCGUCACAGACCUAUGGCAUGAGGACGGAGUGGUCUGGCCAUUUCACUCUUUUUGGCAUCCCCUUGUGGCGCUAUUUCCAGUCCCCAAGACUCAUCCUCCAGCCAGACGUCUACCCUGGCAACUGCUGGGCAUUCAGGGGCCACCAGGGCUUCGUCGUGGUGCGCUUGUCUGCCCGCAUCCAGCUCACUGCCAUCACCUUGGAGCACGUGCCAAAAGCUCUGUCCCCAACCGCUGACAUCCCCAGUGCCCCAAAGGACUUUGUCAUCUUGGGGCUAAAUGAAGAUUCUCAGGCAGACGGGGUGGCCCUCGGGCAGUUCACCUACGAUAAUGCUGGGGAGGCCAUUCAGACCUUCCACUUGGAGGGCAACGACACAGCCCAUACCAGCUGCCGCCACAAAGCAGCUCUCUCACCUCCUCCUCCCUGCCCCCGCUUAAUCUCUUCUGCCCACUGUGCCUUCUGGGACAGAGACAAAACCUCCGUGGAGCCCUCUUGCCCACCAGGCCCACUCAGAGAUGGAGAAGACAACCGGCUGGCCUUUGCUUCUCACAAGGCCAACAACCGGAUUUGGGGGAAGUUUUAA